AUGCUUGAAAUUUGGCAGAAAGGUACCUUAAUGGGUCUCCUAAAGGUUCCCAAAACGUCGCAGUUGAAAGUUACUGCUAAAAGGGGACCGUAUGUUGUUACCGUUCGCGAAAUGGGGCUUUGUCCGGAAUAUGACACCGAUGAUGACCUCAAGAUAGAAGGUGUUUUACACUUCAACCGUUCCAGCAAGGACAACCUACUCUUCAAUGGCUACGGCACGGUAAAAAACAACAUCUUGACUCGAGGUGCAACCAGGGCAACUAUUGAUUUCGCCAAGUGGGAUUCAGUGUCGGGAUGGAGAGAACACUACUUAGUAAUGCCGUUUGGAGACGUUUGUUUUCUUCUAGAGGACAUCGUUACAGAUCUAGCAGAGUUACUUUCGAAACACGUCGACGGGUUCCCACGAAAGUGCCCUCUGCGGAACAUAACGUACAAUGUCACCAACACGCCGUCCCGGAUUGGACAGCUCAGGCAUUUCCCCGUCCUGCCCUACGGCAGAUUUCGCGCACAUGUGCUCUACUUUCACGCCAAGAAACCGCAAGUCACGAAACCUCGAGCAUGCACUAAACUUAUCGUUGACGUGUCUCCAAAGCCAACAACCUAGGGAGAAAUUUGAUGCUUCUCAUGGUUAGACACCGACUGCACUGUGAGAAGGAACUUCAUUGUCGUUUGUUAAUGCUGUUGUGACAUACCCCCGUAAACAUAAAUACUACUUUUAGUCGUACUUUGGACGUCCUUUUCGGGACUAUGGACAUCCCUGAAUCUUGUAUGGAAAGUAGUAAGGGAGGGUGGGGCACCUACACUGUUAAAAAUCCACUGUAAUAUUACAACACAACCACCUACAGUAAUGCUGUUAAAUAACAACCGUAUUGUUUUGUAUCUGAACGGGAAACCCAUCCAGAAACAGCACUUUCGUUUCAUAACAACUUCCUUGUCAAGAAACAAUAAUGUAAUCGUGAUUAAAAACAGUUGUGUUGUCGUUGAACAGGUUUCAUGUUUAGAAACAGCCUUUUGCAAUCUUAAAACAUAUAUUGUUGUCAGGUUACAAGGGUCUUGUUUAAUAACAGCACGAUGAAAUCAACACAAAUGUUGGGAUGACAUCGUCGAAGACUCCAA